AUGAGGGGCCGCAGGGGCGACCGCAUGGCCAUCAACAUCCAGGAGCACAUGGCCAUCAACGUGUGCCCGGGGCCCAUCCGGCCCAUCCGCCAGAUCUCCGACUACUUCCCCCGCCGGGGACCCGGCCUCGAAGGGGGUGGCGGGGGCUUCGGAGAGGCCCCUGCUCAUCUGGCCCCCUUGGCCCUGGCCCCCCCGGCGGCCCUCCUUGGGGCCACCACGCCCGAGGAGGGAGCCGAGGUGGACAGCUACGACUCGGAUGAUACCACCGCCCUCGGCACGCUGGAGUUUGACCUUCUCUACGACCAGGCUUCCUGCACUCUGCACUGUAGUAUCCUCAGGGCUAAGGGCCUCAAGCCCAUGGAUUUCAAUGGCCUGGCUGACCCCUAUGUCAAGCUGCACCUGCUGCCUGGAGCCUGCAAGGCCAAUAAACUAAAAACUAAGACUCAGAGGAACACGCUGAAUCCUGUGUGGAACGAGGACCUGACGUAUAGCGGGAUCACGGUUGAUGACAUCACGCACAAGGUGCUCAGGAUCUCCGUCUGUGAUGAAGACAAGCUGAGCCACAACGAGUUCAUUGGGGAGAUCCGAGUACCCCUCCGCCGCCUCAAGCCUUCACAGAAGAAGCAUUUUAAUAUCUGCCUCGAGCGCCAGGUCCCGCUGGCUUCACCCUCUUCCAUGUCUGCGGCGCUGAGGGGCAUCUCCUGUUACCUGAAGGAGCUGGAGCAGGCAGAGCAGGGGCCGGGGCUGCUGGAGGAGCGUGGGCGCAUCCUGCUGAGCCUCAGCUACAGCUCUCGGCGCCGCGGGCUGCUGGUGGGCAUCGUGCGCUGUGCCCACCUGGCUGCCAUGGACGUCAACGGCUACUCCGACCCCUAUGUCAAGACGUACCUGAGGCCGGAUGUGGAUAAGAAAUCCAAGCAUAAAACAUGUGUGAAGAAGAAGACUCUCAACCCGGAAUUUAAUGAGGAGUUCUUCUAUGAUAUGGAGCUCUCCACUCUGGCCACUAAGACUCUGGAAGUCACAGUCUGGGACUAUGACAUCGGCAAAUCCAACGACUUCAUCGGUGGCGUGUCCUUGGGGCCAGGCGCCCGGGGAGAGGCCCGGAGGCACUGGAGUGACUGUCUGCAGCAGCCGGAUGCAGCCCUGGAACGCUGGCACACUCUGACCAGCCAGCUGCCCCCCGCGGCCGGGGCUCUGCCCUCAGCCUGA